AUGAUAAUUGAUUCCUUGAAAAGGGCUGUAUUUUUUUUCCUGCGGAAAAUCUUCAAGUGUUUGCACUUUGAGUUAGUUUGUCAUGAUGAUGAUAACGAUACCGAUGAUGAUGAUAAUGAUGAUGAUGAUGAUGGUGAUAGUGAUGAUGAUGGUGAUAGUGGUGAUGAUGAUGAUAGUGAUGAUGAUGAUGGCACAGCUAUGCUUCUACCAGCACUUCUCACAGUGCAUGAAUUGUUGGUUGACUUUGAUGACACAACAAGUUAUCCGUUACUUUGGUAA